UUGACAAGUUCACUGCUGCGCUGCCGACCGCCGUCUGCCGUUGCUUCGCCUCGGUCGUAUAUACAGCCUUUUGGGCCUGCCCUGGUGUAAGCUUGAGAUAUCCUAGUCCUGAGACACAAUGUUUUUCCGACAACCCGGACACGCGCCCGAAGCGGCCGGUAAGAUAUACCGACUGGCGACGCCGGAAUCCUCCAGCGGCUCGGAGACGUCCUCCAUCGCCGAAGCGCACCACGACCACGACCGCACACAAGCCCAACAAGAUUACAAUAGCAACGGUAACAUGAACAGCAAAACCACUGCUUCAGCCCCCGAUAACCGUCACCUCUCAUCGCUCCCACUCCCAUCGCCACUCCGACCGAGUUCCCCAACCCGCCCGUUCUCACCCGACGACUACCUCUCAAGCCUGCACCCGUGCCUCGUCCUCACCCGCGACGCGACCCCGUGGCCACACGCGCCCAGCCCCAACCGCAACCCGCGCCCCUUCCUCAUCCUCACGCACACUAGCAAUGCCACCACCGACAUCAACACCGACACCAACACGGCCGUGACGACCAGGGCAUUGACACUAACCGACGGCGCGCUCCGCCUUCUGCCCGUGUCGCCGGCCUCCGUGGCGCAAGGGAGCUGGUACUGGCGGUGCGUGGAGAACGCCGAAACGGGGUGGUUGGGCCUGUGCAACGUCGCGUCGGGGACCUACCUGGGCCACGACUGCUUCGGCAAUGUGCGCGCGACACAGCCGCACCAUCGCGGGUGGGAGUAUAUCUGUCUGAGGCGCUGCCCCGGGCCUGGUGGCCGUGGACGAGGGGGUGGGUACGUUAUGGAUUUGGUCGUUGCCGAUAACAAUGGUGGAGAUGGGUAUGGGAGGCUGAUGAGGGUUGCGGAAGCGAAGGGGGAGGAGGAGGAGGAGGAGGGGAGGUUGGUGCUUGUUGAUCGUCGGGAUCAUGAUGGGGGAGGGGACGGGGUGGUUUGGGAGUUUGUAGAGGUUGGUUUGGCCUGUUAGGGCGUUCUGGAGAGAUGCUGCCGAGUGUUGUGUGAUGCCUCGAUAAGGCCUUUGGUCUCAGGUUCGGACGUCCUCCUUAGGUACUGUACCUACGCUUUCUCCCGCAUUCCGAGGGAAGGUACGGACCACACAUUUCAAGCUGCCAUCAUACCAGACCUUCUGGUUGCCUUGCCUUAAGAUGCCCUCGGCCCCUGCCAAGGCGCACACGGGUGAAGGAUCAUCCAUCACCUUAGGCUUGGUACGGACGACAUUUCG